AUGCCAACUCAGAAAUCCAUCACCUUUUCUAAUCUCUAUCUGUUAUCCUUCUUCUUCAAUCGGCCGACAAUUUAUGAACAGAAGAAAGAUCUGAGAAUUAUGAGGCUAUUGGGUUCAUUGAUAAAGUGUUUCUCUCCAAAUCUAGUUUCAGAAAGAAUCUCUCACACAAAUCCCAUUGAUGAUAAUGUGAAGGAAUUCAGAACUUACUCCUACAAUGAAUUGAAGGCUGCCUCCGGUGGAUUCCGAUCAUCAAACAAGGUCGGAGAAGGAGGAUUUGGUUGUGUUUAUAAGGGUUUGUUUGAAGAUGGAAGUUUGUUGGCAAUAAAAGUAGUAGCUGUUGAGAAAGAAUCAAUGAGAGGAGAAAGAGAAUUCGUAGCUGAAUUAGCUGCCCUAUCUAAUAUCCUCUAUGAAAAUCUUGUCAAGCUUCUGGGUUGUUGGGGAGAUGAAAAUAGGAAGAAGUUUAGUUGGAAGAGAAGAAGGAAUGUUGUUUAUGGAGUUGCUAAAGCAUUGGCUUAUCUUCAUGAAGAAGUUCAUCCUCAUGUUGUACAUAGAGAUAUCAAAACAAGCAAUUUUCUUCUUGAUAAUGAUUUCAAUCCUAAACUCUCGGAUUUCGGGCUCGCCAAGAUCUUUACUGACAAUACUUCGUAA